AUCUCACAAAAGUUUGACGAAUAAACACUCAUGUGAGGAGUGCUUACAAUCAUUUUCUCGAAAAUUCAAACUGAUAAUUCACAAACGCGUGCACACCGGUGAAAAGCCCUUCAAAUGUAACGUGUGUUUGAAGUCGUUUUCACAAAAACCCAACCUUAAAAUACACAAAAGCGUUCACACAGGAGAAAAACCUUAUAAAUGUAAUGUGUGCCUUAAAUCAUUUUCUGCAAAAAACUCUCUCAUAAUACACGAACGUGUGCACACAGGAGAAAAGCCCUAUAAAUGUGAUGUAUGUUUAAAAACAUUUUCACGAACACAUCACCUCAAGCGACAUAAACGCAUGCACACCGGUGAAAAGCCCUUCAAAUGCACCGUGUGCCUAAUGUCAUUUUCUGUAAAAUCCUCUCUUACACUACACAAACGAGUACACACUGGCGAAAAACCUUAUAACUGUGAUGUGUGUUUGAAGUCGUUUCCUCAAAAAAACUCCCUUGAAGUACACAAUCGCGUGCACACCGGUGAAAAGCCCUUCAAAUGCACCGUGUGCCUAAUGUCAUUUUCUGUAAAAUCCUCUCUUACACUACACAAACGACGAGUACACACUGGCGAAAAGCCCUACAAAUGUAAUGUUUGUCAUAAAUCUUUUUCUGUAACAUCCUCUCUCAUAUCACACAAACGCGUGCACACCGGAGAAAAGCCCUACAAAUGUAAUGUUUGUCAUAAAUCUUUUUCUGUAAUAUCCUCUCUCAUAACACACAAACGCGUGCACACUGGCGAAAAACCUUAUAAAUGUGAUGUGUGCUUGAAGUCAUUUUCUCAAAGUAACGACCUUACAAAACACAAACGCGUGCACACUGGCGAAAAACCUUAUAAAUGUGCUGUGUGUUUAAAGUCAUUUUCUGAUAAAUGCUACCUCAUAAAACACAAACGCGUGCACACUGGAGAAAAACCCUACAAAUGUAACGUGUGCCUUAAGUCAUUUGGUGAUAAAUGCUACCUCAUACAACACGAACGCGUGCACACUGGAGAAAAACCCUACAAAUGUAUCGUGUGCCUUAAGUCAUUUGGUACUAAAUCUUCUUUCAACAAACACAAACGCAUACACACUGGAGAAAAGCCCUACAAAUGUGAUGUAUGCCUAAAGUCAUAUUUCACACGACACAAAUGCUUGCGCUAUCAAUAAAUUAUAUUUAUUAAUUUGUAAAUAAAAUGUGUGAAGUGAGUUACUCACAACUUUAUAUAACAUAUGCUACUGGUAAAGUUUUAAUACAUUUUGUUGUCAUUUGAUCAAAUGAUUUUAAUCACUGCAUGUUUUUUUUGAUUUGUCGUUAAAUAAAAACAAAACAUUUUUUUUUAAUUUAAAGUAAUAUACUUAAGAGUAAAACCCUGUAGACUUGU